AUGUCGUGCGACGAAGUGUCGUGCGACGAAGUGAUCGUGCGACGAAGUGUAUGCGACGAAGUGAAUGCGACGAAGUGUCGUGCGACGAAGCGAUCGGUCAUCACGAAACCGGAUGAAAAAGAAAUUUUGAUUAUUUCAUUCACUGUUUUUAAAGUAAUCAAAAUCAAACAAAAUGAUCUUGAUGAUUCAACAGCACCAAUUUCAAUUGAAAUUGAAUUAGAGGAAUGUGAAGAUCCAAAUGAUAAUAAAGAUGAGUCAGAAAGUGGUGAAACGUUGAGAACAUUAUCAAUUUCAUCAUGUGAUAGUGAUAUAAAAGAUACACAAUCAUAUGUAAACUUUAAACAGCGAAAUUAUCUUCUUUAUGGCAUAAUUGGAGUUUUGAUGUUACUUAUUGUUGUGAUUUUAAGUUUUAUCUUCAUUUUUACCCUUGUUCUUAAGAACAAUCCUACGGAAAAUACUAUAAAUAUGCCUCCGUUUGUACAAAAAGAAGAUAAUGAAAUCGAUUAUCACCUACCAUGA